ACGCGCGUGGGAGCACCGCGCCAUCGUCUUCCUGUCGCGCCCCAUCUUCGCAAAGGGCUGCAUGGAGACGGCCGGCAACAAGGAGGUGAGGCACAUCGAGCACUCCGAGGAGCACAGCACGGAGGACGUGCUCUGGGACUUGUACGUCCGCUCCCACUGCGAGGGCGUGCGCCUCGCUCAGGACCAGAUCGCGGAGGACAGCUUCCGCGCCUUCCGCCCGCCAGAGAGCUGCCCCAUGUUGAACGAGGUAGAGCGCGACGUGGCGAUCGAUCAUAUCUGGCUCCACGG